GCGCAUGCCAAAGUUAAAAUACACUGACAUGACAUGACAUGCGCUUCACUUUCCAAGUCUUUAGUGUCCACCGCUGUUUCCCUACUUGCCACGGCCACGCGUCGUCUGAUUCAUCUUCUUCCACCCAAACCAGUAUCCUCUCUUCUUCUCUUCUCCAUCAACCAACUACCAUGUCCGCCGAGGCAAGCCUGAAUAGGAACCCCCACGUCCUGGUCUUCCCAUACCCAGCCCAAGGCCACAUGCUCUCUCUUCUCGACCUCACCCACCAACUCUCUCUCCGUGGCGUAACCAUCACCAUCUUAAUCACCCCUAAAAACCUCCCUUUUCUCUCUUCUCUCCUCUCCUCUCACCCUUCUUCCGUCACUCCCCUCGUCCUCCCUUUCCCUUCUGACCCCCUCAUCCCACCCGGGGUGGAACAUGUGAAAGACCUCGGCAACAGGGGGAACCUUCCCAUCAUGGCCGCUUUAGGAAAACUUCACGACCCUUUAAUCAACUGGUUCAACUCUCACCCUAACCCUCCUGUUGCCAUCCUCUCUGAUUUCUUCCUCGGUUGGACCCAACACCUUGCAACCCGCUUGCAAAUCCCCAGGAUCGCUUUCUUCCCAACCGGUGCGUUUCUUCCUUAUAUCUUUGAUUAUAUUUGGAGCAACGUUGAAAAAGUCAAGUCUUUCAGUGAAGUCGAGUUUAGUCAUCUCCCUGGAUCCCCGGUCUUUAAGCAGGAACAUUUGCCAUCCGUGUUUCAGCUCUACAAACAAUCAGAUCCUAAUUUGGAGUUUGUCAAGGAUAGCAUGAUCGCAAAUACAAAGAGUUGGGGUUAUGUUUUAAAUUACUUUGAUGCUUUGGAAACUCAGUAUGUUCAAAUUUUCAAGAAACAUGUUGGUCAUGAUCGUGUAUUCACUGUCGGACCACUUAGUUUAACAGGCCCGGAUGUAUCUGGUGGAGGCAAUUCGGGCUCUGGUUCUGAGCCGAAUGACCAGGUGUUGACUUGGCUUGAUGGAUGCCCCGAUGGGUCUGUUGUUUAUGUUUGCUUUGGGAGUCAAAAGCUGCUGAGAAAGGAACAAAUGGAAGCCUUGUCUAAUGGUCUUGAAAAGAGUGGGACUCGUUUUAUCUGGGUGGUGAAACCGGGAACGACCCAACAGCAGGACGACGGGUAUGGAGUGGUACCCGACGGGUUUGAGAACCGGUUGAUGGGUCGGGGUUUGGUGAUAAAGGGAUGGGCCCCGCAAUCGUUGAUACUGAGCCACAAAGCGGUGGGUGGGUUUCUGAGUCAUUGUGGGUGGAACUCGGUUUUGGAAGGGAUAGUGGGUGGAGUCAUGAUAUUGGCUUGGCCCAUGGAGGCAGACCAGUUUAUGAACGCCAGACUCUUGGUGGAUUAUGUGGGUGUGGGUGUUAGAGUGUGUGAGGGCGAAGACUCGGUCCCUGACUCCGAUGAACUGGGUCGGGUCAUCGCUGAGUCAAUGACUGGGGGUGUAGCAGUGAAGGUGCAGGCAAAAGAUCUGAAAGAGAAGGCUUUGGCAGCAAUGAGUGAUGAUGGGAGCUCCAUCAAGAAUUUGGAUAGAUUUGCGGAACAAUUGGGUCAACUUGGAAGGAGAUAAAUCCCGUCAUUUGCUCAAUAAACAACACCUUAAGUGAGAGGAAGUUGUGAGGAAAAAUUUAUGUAAACCUAUGGCGACAAAUGAUAUAAAUCUUAUUGGAGCUCGUCUACGUAACAUGUCAGUAGAGAAGAAAUCAUCAACGAUUAAAGUACACUCAGCUUCGCUAAGCACAUUGUAAUGAUAAAUAAGCUAUAAUUGGGAAAAAAAAGAAGAAGAAAAAUCGUGUUUAAAAUGCGAUUAAGCCCUUUGAAGUUUUAAACAUAGCUAUAAAAACUGAUCUAUGUCCAAUUCAAUAUUUCAAAACAGUUAGCUUGCCUAAUGAACUAAAAACAACAUAGCUCUUUUUAUAAGUAUUAGUUUUAAGUAUGU